UGAAUAUGAAACAACGAUCUCACCUGCGAGCAACUUGUCCUCAAACAGCUUCUUGUGUGUGGAAAACAGAACCCAGACCUUAAAGCCAACGCAAGAUGCAAAAGAGUGUGUGAAAGAAGUCAAAUCAUUAAUGUGGAUAUAUGUAAUGGUAGGAAAUAUCAUACGUGGAAUGGGUGAAACUCCCAUCAUGCCUUUGGGUAUUUCCUACAUAGAAGAUUUUGCCAAAUCAGAAAACUCCCCUUUGUACAUUGGGAUUUUAGAAACAGGAAGAGUCAUUGGGCCUUUGUUUGGACUUUUAUUGGGAUCUUUCUGUGCAAGGAUUUAUGUAGACAUUGGCUCUGUGAAUACAGAUGACCUGACCAUAACUCCUGCUGACACACGCUGGGUCGGUGCCUGGUGGAUGGGCUUUCUGAUCUGUGCAGGAGUGAACAUCCUCACCAGCGUCCCCUUCUUCUUUCUUCCCAAAGCACUCCCAAAGGAAGGACUAGAGGAUAAUGUGGAUGAGACUAAAACUGGCAGAGAAGAGAAGCACAGAGAAAGAGCUAAGGAGGAAAAACACGGAAUCACUAAAGAUUUCUUGCCAUUCAUGAAGAGGCUGUUUUGUAAUUGGAUUUAUAUGCUUUUCAUGCUUCUAAGUAUUCUCCAGAUGAGUGUAUUUAUCAAUUCAUUCACCUUCCUGCCUAAAUACCUGGAGCAGCAAUAUGGAAAAUCCACUUCAGAGGCAGUCUUCCUCAUAGGUCUUUAUACCUUACCUCCAAUAUGCAUUGGAUAUUUAAUCAGCGGGUAUAUAAUGAAGAAAUUCAAGAUCACUGUCAAGAAAGCUGCAUACAUAGCAUUCUGCCUAUCCUUGUCUGACUACUUUCUAGCACUCUUUCACUUUAUGCUGACCUGUGAUAAUUUCCCUGUUGCUGGCCUAACUACCUCUUAUGAAGGAGUUCAGCAGCCUCCAUAUGUGGAGAAUAAGUUCCUUGCUGACUGCAACACCAGGUGUAGCUGCUUAACAAAAACAUGGGAUCCAGUGUGCGGCGACAAUGGCAUAGCGUACAUGUCAGCCUGCCUUGCAGGCUGUGAGAAGUCUGCUGGAACAGGAAUCAACAUGGUGUUUCAAAACUGCAGUUGCAUCUACUCAUCAGGAAACUCAUCUGCUGUCCUUGGACUGUGUAAGAAGGGCCCUGACUGUGCUAAGAUGCUGCAGUACUUUUUAAUCCUGAGUUUAAUUGUCAGUUUCAUCUACUCUCUAGCAGCCAUACCUGGGUACAUGGUUUUCCUGAGGUGUAUCAAGUCUGAAGAGAAGUCGCUUGGAGUUGGAUUACACACAUUUUCCACAAGAAUAUUUGGCGGCAUCCUAGGACCUAUUUACUUUGGUGCCUUGAUAGACAGAACAUGUUUACAUUGGGGAACUCGGAAAUGUGGUGAGCCAGGGGCGUGCAGGAUGUAUGAUAUAAAUAGCUUCAGGCGCAUUUACCUGGGGGUGCCUGCAGCAGUAAGAGGAUUAAGCUAUCUCCCAGCAUUCUUCAUCCUAAUACUUAUGAGGAAGCUCCAACUCCCUGGGGAAAUUGACUCUUCAGAAACUGGACUUGCAGAGAUGGAGCUCACCGAGAAGGAAAGCAAAUGCUUAGAUGUGCACAGAAGUCCUGAGGUUGAGAAUGAUUCAGAACUGAAACGUAUGCUACACUGAGUUUCCUAUUGGCCUGUGCAAGCCCAUGAUGGGAAUGUACAUUUCACUUUGCUUUUUAAAUCAUGAGAGGUAUUAUCGGAACUGUAUUUUAUACUUAAGGAUCUUAACAAUUAUUUUUCCUUAUGAUAAAAUUAUUUACUGAUAAAAAAUUUUCAAACUUUGGGGUAGUGUUUAAGAUUUUCACAGGGAAGAUUUCUUCAGCAAACUGCACACUGAACCUUAAA